AAUGGUCCUCCCCAUCUGAGGAUGUGGCUUCCGCUUCAAAAGUUUGGGAAGUGAAAUAUUUUUUUAUUUUAACCUGUCCUGAAAGCGCCGUUUCUCGUCAAUAUUUCAAAUAGACCUCAAACAAUUUGACAAACAAACACGACAUAAAAGAAUAAAGCAUCAACAUGACGUCUAAUUCCAACGUGUCCAACAUGCGUCGCCUUGUAGAACAACUGAAACUGGAAGCCAGCGUGGAACGGAUUAAGGUGUCUCAGGCAGCGGCUGAGCUCCAACAGUACUGCCUGCAGAAUGCAGCUAAAGACGCCCUGCUGGUGGGGGUUCCGACAGGCUCCAACCCCUUCAGAGAACCACGAUCCUGUAACCUGUUCUAAGGACAGGACACAAAAAACGGCAGAAUCAUGCAGAGGAAAACGUACGUUGGAAUCCAAAAAACGAUGAAAAAGUGAUCUGGUUGCAUUAUUUUAGAGAUAAAUGUUUUCUCUCAUGCCCACGUUGCUUUGUAAUGAUUCUUUAAUAAUAUAUGUUAUAUGGAGUAAUAAUAUGUUUGUAUAUGAGCUCAAUAUUUGUUUCUUGGAUGUUAGUAUUUUAGUCCCAAAAGUUUUUUUUUAACGUUUGGUAACACAUUUGAUAUUAAUCUGAUCUUACACAGUACCGGUAUAGUAGGUCUAACGUUGUAGUUACAACGUUGUUACGUUGUGCUUUAGUAAUUGCUUCGUAUUGCAUUUUUUAUGGAGUUUAGUGGUUUUGGUAAAAGGAGAAUCAUCUUAAACUGAAGAGAUGUUUAUGUCGGAGAGCUCCAAACUGCCUCGGAAUCGUAAAAAACUCCUUCCUUUCCUGUUGCUGAGACGUUGUUGCUUAAUGGAAGCAGCUAUGGUCAGAGACAGGAAGCUAGGCCUUCCUGUUUAAAACCACCAAAGUUACUUAAGAAUUUACAUGGAAUUCCAGUUAUUUUCAGUUACAUUGUUACUUUCAGUUAAUUCAAAACACACAAGAUGUUGUGCUGAGACGGGAGACAGCCACGGUGGGAACUUAAUUGGUUUCUUUUAGCGUCAUGGAAAAGCUGUAACUGGUUCCAAGGACAGUACUUUCCUCCACCACCCAGUGUCAGUAGAGGCCUUGACCACAGGAUGUUCCUGUGUUUUGUGACUUCCCUUUCCCUUCAACUUAGAUUGUGUCCCAAAUGGUACCUUAUGGCCCAUUAUGGUUCUGGUCAAAAGUAGUGCACUAUAUAGGGAAUAGGGUCCAUUUGAGACAUAACCUUAAUGUGCCAUAUCCUGUCUGAAACAAGAGCUGCAGUCGUGAUGUGGCAUUAUUGGGUUUAUAUUAACUUUCUUUUCACCGGGAGUCCAGGGACCAAAGUCUCUUUAGCAAGGGAGCCUAACAUGCACACAAUUGACAAAAUACAAAUAUACAAAAACACACUCAUUAUUGCCAUCGCCUCUUCCUGUGUCAGAGUGGAACAACUGCAUCAGGAUUCUAAAUCUGGGAUCGUUUGUAUUUAUCACUUUGUUUGUUAUUCAUUUUUGAGGGGGUAGAUCAGCUUUAAUAUUGCAGAUAGAUUGUAACUUCCAUCAAUGUAAUUGUCUGCAUCACUUCCA